UUGCGAAAGCGAAUAUCCUUCAGCUCAGAAAACCAACAAAAGCCAGUUAAGCUAGGCCGUACAAUCCCUGAGUCUGGCACUUUUCCAGAAAGGCAAGGAAAGAAAGGCAGUGGAAAUUUUACGGAUGAAAAUGAUGAUGGUUAUGAAUACUGGUCACUUAUGGAUUCAGUACUGUUUUGUUUCACUGUGAUAACAACGAUUGGUUACGGUAAUGUCGCUCCGCGUUCAUUCAAUGGACGAUUGUUUGUUAUACUAUACGGCCUCGUAGGAGUACCCUUCACAAUGCUCGCCAUUGCAAAUCUGGGAAAAUUCCUGGCUACUGUGCUAAAAACCUGGACGCGACCCUUUGUUCGAUGUGCCAAGUAA